UUGAUCAGUAUCUCGAGAUAGUAAAUUAAUUUUAGACGACCAUGUUGACCUAUGUGCAACUCGUGAAUUUGCUUCUAAUUAGAGCUAUUUACGGGUACAACUUUGAAAAGACGAAAAUGCAUGCAAAGAAGAACCAUUAUUUCUUCAAUGGCUCUUCGCAAAGCUUGCAAAAUUCAAGUUCUGACUUUGUUCAAGGAGAAGUGACUCAAUAUUUGAGAGAACAUCCUGAGGAUUCAAGAAUCAUCAAGCAUAACUACUUCUUCCUUGAUAGUCGGCCCCCUGAGUGUCCGCCGUGCCCUCUGCUGAGAAAGCCUGGCCCUUUUUGUUAUGCUCACAUGGACUUAGGAUUUGUGAUUGAGGCAUCAGCCAGCGUCGAAAAAUAUGGAAAAGGAAACUUUAAAAGGAUUCUUGACUUUGUAGAAAUUACAAUAAGGAAAUUUGCGAUUUCAAGGCGAAGGACACGAGUUGGUGUGGUCACAUAUGGCGUUAAAACUGAUCUGGUUUUUGAUUUUGAGAGCAAGCAGAAGAAAUCUGUUAUGGUUCGUGCACUGAGAAAAGCUUCCACACAAAAAUUAACUAGCUCAAAUACGGGUUACGCACUCGGUAUGGCAGAGUACUACUUAUUCAACAAGAAAUGCAAAACCCGCAAGGAAAUCCCUAAAGUUCUUAUAGUUAUUACGGAUGGAAGGUCGACCGACGAAGUCACCCAACCUGCAUACAAAAUUAAACAGUGUGGUGUACGAAUAUACGGCGUGGGAGUUGGAAACUACUUUGAUAUCAAACAACUAGAAGCAAUUUCCUCUACACCUGUUGGUGAAAAUGUUUUUAUUGGCCCGUUUAACAAGUUGCAAUACAUCAGAGACGAUCUUGUGCGAAGUGUAUGUUAUGGCGUUGGUGGUUUCUUGAAGAAACCCGGACGCAAAGAGUGCCUCUGCAACAAAGGAGGUAAAAAGCCGAUUUGUAAUUCCAGUCAGGUAAAAUCAAAGGAAGACAGUGGACCUCGCGAUUCUUAGAGCUCCGAUUUUCAAAUGUAGCUGAUGGUUA